AUGAGUGGGUGUUGAAUUUUGUAUAUCACAAACCAAAUACAGAAAAACGUCAUACUAAUCAGUUCUAAAAGUUAAGUUUCGCAAAAAAAAUUAGCCUUAGCAUGGAAAAUUCAACAAAGUUAUAUAUGUAGCUAAAUAUAGUCAGCAGAUUUGGCAUUUUGUUUUUAUAUAACUUGGUAACGUGGAAAACACUAUAUUACUUCUAAUACAUUCCUAUACUUGCAAAGUAAAAAGUAAAUUUAAUUGAUAAAAUAAUUUAUUUUAUUUAAACAAUCAAUAACCAUUAAAAUAUUUAAAAAAGUAUAUUAUAAAAACACGUUCAACUAAACCAAAGAUGUUAAAUAAAUUUAAUCUCGCAUUAGAGAAUUGUGCAUACAACUAUUUACAUUGACCAACAAAAUAUUUGUGUUCCUCCAAAAAUGGCUUUGUCAAAAUCAAUUAGAGUUUUAGAGAAAUCUCAAGCACCAAAUCCUUACAGUAUUUUGUUGGAAGAUCGACAAAAACCUGAAAGUCUACUUUUUGAGUCUCAAGUAGUUGCGUUGUUAUCACAGCAGGAAGCAGAACAAAUAAAAAAACAGUAUACGAAAGUAUGUGAUGCUUAUGGUUGUUUGGGAGUUCUUCAAGUAAAUAAUAUUGAAACUACUCUUCUGUAUCUUGUACUAGUUACCGGAGUAUCUUCAGUAGGAAAAAUCAAUGAAAUUGAAAUUUUUCGAAUAACACAAACCCAGUUCGUCCCAUUACAAAUAGAAACUUCUCAAGAAAAUAAAACAAGUGAAGUGAGAAAAGUACUGAAUUCUGGAACAUUUUACUUUGCUCAUACAAACCCAUCAUCCAAUGAGACGUCUACUUUUGAAAUUACACUGUGCGCUCAGCGACGUCAACGAACAGAAAAAACGGAUAACAGAUUUUUUUGGAAUAGAAUGUUGCACAUACAUCUCUUAAGAUUUGAUAUUGACUGUGAUGCUUGGCUUCUCAAAGUAAUGUGUGGUUCAAUAGAAAUAAGAACUGUUUAUGUUGGAAGUAAACAAGCUCGGGCAGCUGUUAUAUCUAGAUUGAGUUGUGAACGUGCUGGGACACGGUUUAAUGUUCGUGGUACUAAUGACGAUGGCCAUGUAGCAAAUUUUGUAGAAACUGAACAAGUCAUAUAUUUGGAUAAUCAAAUAACAAGUUUUGUUCAAACUCGAGGUUCAGUUCCCUUAUUUUGGGAGCAGCCAGGUAUACAGGUUGGUUCACACAAAGUGAAAAUUUCUCGAGGAUUUGAAGCCAGUAUCUCAGCAUUUGAGAAGCACAUGCAAAUAAUGAAAACUCAAUAUGGCCAGUUCGCUAUUGUUAAUUUAUUAGGAACAAGUUUGGUCGGUAGCAAAGAAGGAGAAGCCACUUUAAGUAUGGAAUUUCAAAAACAUCACAACGAAUCAAAAUAUAUUGAGGUGCCUCAUAUAAUUUUUGAUUACCAUCAAGAAUGCCGUGGUGGAAAUACAGCUGCGUUAUCUAAACUUAAAGCUAAAAUUGAAGAGUGUCAGGCAUACUAUGGAUUGUUUCAUGUUAAUGGCAAAGAAGUUUUAGAAGAACAAAUAGGUACAAUUAGAACAAAUUGCUUGGAUUGUUUAGAUCGUACUAACUGCGUUCAAACGUUUUUUGGUCUUGAUUCUCUAAAAGAUCAAAUAAUUGCCCUCGGAUUAGCAGAUAAAAAACAAUCAAUUUCAAGAUUUGAAGAAAUUUUCACCCAAAUGUGGAUUAAUAACGGAAAUGAAAUUAGUAAAAUUUACGCUGGAACUGGAGCAAUUCAAGGGGGAUCAAAGAUAAUGGAUGGCGCCCGUUCUGCUGCUAGAACCAUUCAAAAUAAUUUACUGGAUAGUUCAAAACAGGAGGCAAUCGACAUACUUUUGGUAGGCUCUACUUUGAGCUCGGAACCUGCAGACAUUGCAAGAACUUUAUUGCCAUUAAACAUGUUACAUGCUCCAACACCAGUUUUACGUGAAAUGUGUAAACGCCAUAAAAGUUUUGUUAAAAAUAAACAAAUGAGAGUCGCGGUAUGUACUUACAACGUCAAUGGUGGCAAACAUUUUCGUAGCGUAGCAUAUAAAGAUUCUUUGGAUGAUUGGUUGUUGGCUUCACAGUAUUUCCGAAGGGGUUCUCUUAUUGAUGUUACAGAUGAGAGUGAAAGCGAAGUUCCUAUUGAUGUAUAUGCAAUUGGGUUUCAAGAAAUUGUUGAUUUGAAUACAAGUAACAUCGUAGCCUCAAGUACGGAAAAUGCUAAAAUAUGGGCAGAAGAAUUAUUAAGAACUUUGUGCAAUCAUGAUCCGUAUGUCUUAUUAACGUAUCAACAAUUAGUUGGUGUUUGUUUAUACGUUUAUAUACGUACAGAGUAUGCCUCUGCUGUUAGAGAUUUGGCAAUCGAUUGGGUUAAAACUGGAUUAGGCGGGGCUACUGGUAAUAAAGGGGCAACCGCUAUACGAUUCACGUUGUAUGGAACAUCGGUUUGUUUCGUUUGCUCUCACUUUGCUGCUGGUCAGUCACAAGUUGCUGAAAGAAACGCAGAUUUUUCUGAAAUCACUAAAAAACUUUCAUUUGGCAUGGGCAGGACUUUGAAAACACAUGAUUAUAUAUUUUGGUGUGGUGAUUUUAAUUAUCGAAUUGACAUGGAUAAAGAAGAACUAAAAGAAGCUAUUCGGAACAAAGAGUACAAGAAAAUAUUUGAACAGGAUCAGUUAAGAAAAGAACAAGAAGCUGGAAAUGUUUUUAAUGAUUUUCUAGAAGGGGAAAUUACUUUUGAUCCAACGUAUAAGUAUGACUUAUUUAGCGAAGAUUAUGACACUAGUGAAAAAAUGAGAGCACCGGCCUACACAGACAGAGUAUUUUGGAACAAAAAAAAAUCAAUGCUCUUUGCAAUGGAUGAAAUAGAUGAUUGGAAUCCUGGAAAAUUAAUAUAUUAUGGAAGAUGUGAGCUUAAGCAAAGUGACCAUAGACCUGUUACAGCUGUGCUUGAUAUCGACAUUGCGGAAAUUGAUACAGAAAAAAGAAAUGAAGUAUUCAAAGAAGUUAUUUCUGAUCUGGGUCCUCCAGAUGCCACAAUUGUAGUUCACGUGCAGAACGAAGAAAACGAAGAAAAUUUAUCGAUUUAUGACGAAAAUGUAAUGAGUGGUGUCAUUAAAGAAUUAUCUCAAAUGGGGGAAAUCACACUUGUCCGUUAUGUGGAAAAUACCAUGUGGGUAACAUUUAGAGAGGGAGAAUCUGCGCUUAAAGUUGUUAACAAAAAAUUCAACCAAAUAUGUGGCUUAGACCUGAUAUUUCAAUUAAAAACUGAGAAUUGGGUGUCUCAGGUAGAGCGUGAGAUAAGUCUUUUUACGACAAAUACAGUUGCUUUGAGUAAUUACAAAAAAACUCCCGAAAAAAAAAUGGGCACUCCUCAAAUUCCGAAGAGACCAAAUCAGCCUCCAGCAAGGCCACCUGCACCAAAUCAACCUCCUUCCAGACCUCCUUUACCGAAAUCACCAAAAAUGUUGCCACAUGCUGGAGUUAUUAGUAAUCCUUCCAACAUUAUAAAUAAUCUUAACACAGUAAGUAAAAUAAAUCCAUCAGCAGAAAACGAAAAACCAGUAGAAAAUAUUGAUAUUCAAAAUGAAGCUUCACAUGAAAAUUUUGUGGGAGAUUCUAAUAAACCACUAGAAAACUCAGAGGAUAAGGAAAAGAGUAAUGGUGAUAAUAAACCUCCAAAUAUGCCUCCACCCCCCUUACCAUCUAAUUAUGUCGAUUCAGUCCAGCAGCCUCCAGAAAACCAAAGAGAAGUAAAACUUGGAGCUCCUCCACCAAUACCUAAUCGUAACAAUACAACCCCAGUAAAAACAGCUCCUGCUAUACCAAAUCGGGGACCCCCUCCCCCUUUACCACCUAGAUAAAAACCUUUAAUAAAAAAGUUUAAUAUAAAUUUAAAAGUUCUAUGAAAUUUUCAUAAAAAUUACGUUAAUAUAUAACUAAGUAGUAUAUUAUCAAGUAACAAAAAAAAAAUGUAUUAGUAAAAUUUUAGCUAGCAAGAAAAGAUUGAUUUUUAAUUAAAAAGUCAAUAAUUUUCAAGCUAAUAAAUGAACAAAUUACGUUAAAAUGCAGUUAUGUUAGAUAUAGAAAUUAUCAAUGUUAUUAUUGCUAAGCAUGAAUUAUAAAACACUUAUGUUAUCCUUAUUAUUAUUAAAGUACACACAUGAAUAAAGAUAAAUUUUGCUCGUGAUAUUGAAUUGUAAACGGGAAAUGGCAAAACAAAAAAUAAAAUAAAAAACAUGAAUGUUAAUAAACUCACAGCUAUAUAUUA